AUGUUUGGCGGAUUGCGCUCGGCCAAAGCUGUGAUCUCCGAGACUCGUUCACGUCUCGACCCUACUGCCAUGGCAUACGGGUCUGUGAAGGAGCCUGUCCAUAAUGGCCACCAGCCGUUGAGUCGCACAAUUACCUCGUUGAAGCGGUGUCCUCUUCCGAACCCACAACUAUGGAACGGCCAAACCAUCGGCUUCCUUCAAACACAGGAGUGCUUCGUGAAUGGCGGAUGGUGGCAUGACCCGAACAUCCUCUUCGCCACAGGCAAGGGAGCGGAUGUCGAGGAAGCGCGCGGCUGGAAUGGGUGGUGGAAUGAACAAAUUUAUCACCUUGUGACGCUCAGCAUGCAGCAGAAAGAUGCGCUCACCGUGCUCCUGACCGGCCGGAGUGAGCUCGGAUUUGCAGACAUCAUCAAGCGAAUGGUGGCUAGUCGGAACCUCGAGUUUGACCUGAUCGGCCUGAAGCCUGAAGUUGGUCCCAAUAGUGAACGGUUUUCGUCGACCAUGAAUUUCAAACAGACUUUCCUCGAGGACAUCAUUCUCACCUAUAGCCAGGCUGAAGAUAUUCGUGUCUACGAGGAUCGCGUGAAACAUGUGAAAGGAUUCAGAGAUUUCUUCGAGAGCCUCAACAGGGAUUUCCAAUCUGGACAAGGCCCCGUACCGCGCAGACCCAUAAAUGCCGAAGUCAUCCAGGUGUCCGAGGGAUGCACUUUUCUUGACCCCGUAACUGAAACUGCCGAAGUGCAGCGCAUGAUCAAUGCCCACAAUGGCAUCUUGCACCACCCCCCAAUGGGAAAUGGCAAGGCCUCAUACAACCGCCUGCGGAUCAAGCGCACCGUCUUCUACACCGCAUAUUUGAUAUCCCAGGAAGAUUCCAACCGCAUGACACAAGACCUUCUGGUCCAGAUCCUGCCACCAGGCCUGGCUGAAUCAAAUGAUUUGAAAUACUUGGCUAACAGCAUUAUGAUCACUCCUCGGCCGGCCUCCAAAUCCAUCCGGAACAAGGCUGGGGGCAUGGGACACAAACUAAAGUGGCAGAUUACUGGAACAGGUGUGUUUGAGAAUCGCGUGUGGGCAGCUCGUGUCUCGCCUGUUCCUCCAUCUGCGAAGUAUUUCACGGAGAGCCCUGCACCUCUGAUCGUCCUGGCUGUCCGCAAAGGCGUCCGCCCAGCUGAGGCAGGGAAAAUUCAAAACUGGCACCCCGUUCCGGCUGACAAAGCUCUGGAAUUUGAAACUGUCGUUGGAGAGAAGGCUGUACUGCGGGUUGAAGAAGACAGCGAAUGGGAGAGCCAGCCGGCGAGAAAGAGCCACAAGCGCCGCUUCCAGCAGGAGCGAGACGAUGAGAUUUUGUAUCCACCGGGUGGCGAUUAUGACAGUCGCUCCAACAACUAUAACCCUUAUCAGCGUCUUGCCGGGGAGAACCGUUCUCACCAUGACGAUGGCCAUCGUCGAGGCUCUCAUCGCGGCCGAGGCCGGGGCACUGGCCGUGGACGUGGAUCUGCUCGCGGAGCUCGUGGCCGCGGUCGUGGUGCUGGGGGUCACCCGGGGUAUCGGUCUCUUGAUGAUCAUACCAGUGGAUAUGAUGCAUCACACGACGAACAAGGUGGUGGCUUUAUGAAUUACUGA